ACGGUCACUGUGAAUUGGCCUAUACGGAACUUAUCUGGCAACACUGGUGAUACCGUCAUUUGUCAGUAUAAACAGAUGUAGUCAACAAUUAGGCGGGAGAAUUUUUGGCUGUGGAUUAUACUUGUAUCGUGAGUUCGGAAUGGCAGGUGACGAAGAAAACCCUGAUAUAGAAAUAGAAGCGUCGACAUCGAAACCAGGACCUGCUAAUAAAAGUUCUAAGGGGAAAUCUGCCCACCGGUUACCAUGGAUUGAGAAGUACCGCCCAAUGAAAUUUGAAGAUAUUGUAGGAAAUGAAGAGGGUGUAGCCCGCUUAGGGCAGUUUGCAAAAACUGGGGAAUGUCCAAAUAUCAUAAUUGCUGGGCCACCAGGUGUUGGCAAAACCACCACUAUUUUGUGCCUUGCAAGAGUUUUACUAGGAGAUGCAGUCAACUCAGCUGUUCUUGAACUGAAUGCAUCAAAUGACAGAGGUCUGGAUGUUGUUAGAAAUAAGAUCAAGAUGUUUGCUCAGCAGAAGGUUACAUUACCACCAGGCAAGCACAAAAUUGUGAUACUUGAUGAAGCUGACAGUAUGACAGAAGGUGCUCAGCAGGCUCUGAGGCGUACAAUGGAGUUGUACAGUAAAACAACACGAUUUGCGUUAGCAUGUAACAACAGUGAAAAAAUCAUAGAACCAAUACAGUCUCGGUGUGCUGUGUUGCGAUUUGGCAAACUUAAUGAUGCUCAGAUUCUUGCCAAAGUUAUUGAGGUUUGCCAGAAGGAAGGGGUCUCCUACACAGAUGAUGGACUGGAGGCAAUUGUGUUUACAGCACAGGGAGACAUGCGUCAAGCAUUUAACAACUUGCAGUCAACAUUUAAUGGAUUUGGACAUGUCAGCAGUGAAAAUGUUUUCAAGGUAUGUGAUGAACCACAUCCAUUACUUAUUAAAGAAAUGCUGCAGCACUGCAUGGAUGGAAAUGUGGAGAAAGCGUACAAGAUAAUAGCGCACUUGUGGAAGCUUGGAUAUGCAGCAGAAGAUAUUGUAUCGAACACAUUCCGUGUAUGCAAGAACAUACCAAUGCCAGAAAGCUUAAGAAUUAAAUUUAUAAAGGAAAUUGGUACUAUUCAUGUGAGGAUAGUGGAGGGGGUGGCUUCUCUGCUCCAACUUAGUGGAAUGUUAGCACGUUUGUGUCAAGUUGCAAGGGAUGAAGAGUAACUUUGAGAUGUGUGUUAUCAUUGUAACAUUGUGUAUUUCUAUGCUGUUUUGUAUUAAACAUAUUAAGAGUA